CUUUACGUUUAAUGCAAAACCCAGUUCCAGCUCUAGUAGAAAAUUCACCUAUUCAAAAUCCUGAUGAAAACCUAACCCCAGCACAAAAUCUAACACCAACUCCCGAAGGUAAUCUCAUAUCAUUCGAUGAAAACUCAUCAACUCUCCAGCCGAGAGAACCAAGUGCGCCAGCUGUCGACCUUUUAACUGAUGAUAUUUCAAUAUAA